GCCGUCCCAAACAAAAGCCACGCCACGGCCGCGGAUCUUAACACAAAAAUGGCGACCGAAAAUUCCCUUCGUGGCAUCCUCUGCCUUCUGGUGCUUCUUCUGCCGUCUUCUUUGCUGUGCGCAGCCGCCGCCGGCGAUCGUGGAGGAGAAGGCGGCUGCGCGUGGGCGCAGCGCGUGAAGAAGGAGCACAGGAGAAGACUGGUGUCUACCGAGGACGGAGAGAUCUCAGCCGUCCGUUUAGCCGAUAACAUCAAGGGCUCAUAUUUGCUCCACUUCUUCACCUUGGAGCCCAACUCGUUGCUGCUGCCACUCUUGCUCCAUUCAGACAUGGUCUUCUAUGUCCACACAGGUAGUGGGAAAUUAAGCUGGACAGACGAUGGUGAACUUAAGAGCGCAGAUGUAAGGAGAGGAGAUGUCUACAGGCUGCAGAGGGGAUCUGUUUUCUUGUUACAGAGCAAUUUGGAGACCAAAAUCGAGGCUCAGACAGAGAGAUUGAAGCUCAGAGUUCAUGCCAUUUUUGCAGACGAGAAGGAUGGGCUUCAUGCAUCGGAAUUCGGGCCGUACACUAAUGUCCGAGACAUGGUUCUUGGAUUCGACAAGAAAGUUCUUCAAGCAGCUUUCCAGGUUUCUGAAGAAGUGAUUGAAGAGCUAUUCAUCGGGAUAGAUACACCAGCAAUCAUACACGGGGUGUCCAAAACCGGUCGAACAUUGUGGGAUAUUGAGACCCAAUUCGUAAUGAAACUUCUGAGGAUCAGAAGCUUCGGAAUAUUAGAUUCGAACAAAAAAUCGAGGAGAAAAUCAUCGAAAAUGUUCAAUCUUUUUAAGGAAGAUAAGGAUUUUGAGAACUGCAACGGGUGGAGCACGACGGUGACGAAGAAGAAGCUGUCGGCAUUGAAGGGCUCCGACAUUGGCUUCUUCAUGGUCAACUUGACAAUAGGGUCGAUGAUGGGGCCGCAUUGGAACCCCAAGGCGGCGGAAGUGGCGGUGGUUUUAGAGGGCCGGGGAAUGGUGAGGGUGGUGUGUCCAGGUGGCCAGAAAGAAACUGCGGCAGCAUCGUGUAGGAACACGAGUUUUAAUGUUGAGGAAGGGGAUGUGUUUGUGGUGCCGAGGUUUCAUCCGAUGGCUCAAAUGGCAUUCAACAACGAGACGUUAGUUUUUGCGGGGUUUAGCACGUCGGUGAAUCAUAAUCACCCUCAGUUUUUCGUGGGACAGGCUUCAGUGCUCCAAACCUUGGACAAAGAUGUAUUGGCUAUGUCGUUUAAUGUCACAAAUACGACACUGGAUCAGCUGUUGGCGCCUCAGCGCGAUGCGGUGAUCUUGAGUUGUGUGUCGUGUGCAGAGGUGGAGCUGAGAGUGAUGGAAGAGGAGAGGCAGAGGGAAAAAGAGGAGGAAAGGAGACGGAAAGAGGAGGAGAGAAGAAAAGAGGAAGAACAAGCCCGAAAGAGAGAGGAGGAGGAGGCUAGGAAGCAAGAAGAAGAAGAGAGGAAAAGGCGGGAAGAAGAAGAGGAGGAGGAAAGAAAGAGACAAGAAGAAGAGAGAAAAAGAGAGGAAGAAGAAAGGAAGAGACAAGAAGAAAAGAGAAAAAGAGAGGAAGAAGAAAGGAAGAGACAAGAAGAAGAGGAGAGAGAGAGACAAGAAGAAGAAAGGAAGAGACAAGAAGAAGAGGAGAGAGAGAGACAAGAAGAAGAAAGGAAGAGACAAGAAGAAGAGGAAAAGAAAAAACGAAAAGAAGAAGAAGAAGAGAUGAAAAGGGAGGAAGAAGAGAGGAAACGGGAAGAAGAAGAAAGGAGAAAACGGGAAGAAGAAGAAGAGAUUAAAAGGGAGGAAGAAGAAAAGAGAAAAUGGGAAGAAGAGAUGAAAAGGGAGGAACAAGAGAGAAAGAGGAAGGAGGAAGAAGAAGAAGAAGAGAAAAAACGGCAACAAGAGGAGGAAGAAAGGCAAAGGGAGGAGGAGGAGCAAAAGGCCGUAGAAGAGGCCAAACGGAAGGAAAAGGAAAGGAGAAGACGGGAAGAAGAGGAACGGGAGCGUGAAGGAGAAGAAGGCUAUGAACCAUGGGGAGGCCAAUCAGUGGCAGAAACCAUGUAAUAACUGGAUGAACAACAAUCGCAACCAAUCCUCAAGAAAAUCGAUUGCCAAUGCCGCCUUCAGGCUCUACUAUUUUCUUUCCGAAUAAAUCUGCCUGUCAUUUCCUGUGUUGUGUAGUAUGUAAAAAGUCUCCUACUGUAAUAAUCCUCCAUCCUUCAAGCAGCCCUUUUCCUUGCAA